AUGUCGGAACUUGCGAUAUUUUUCGUACACGGUGUCGGAUGUUCUGGGGACGUGUGGCGGGAGCAGCUGCAGUAUUUCUCGCAGCUUGGCUGUACGGUUGUCGUUCCCGAUCUCCUCGGACAUGGAUUCAGCGGCACGCCCGACGAUGCUAGUGCCUACGAGUUCCAGCAGAUGGCGCUCGACAUGCUGGCAGUGUUUGACUACUACCACAGACCUAACAACGUCGUCGUCGGCCACUCUUACGGAACAUCGCUCGUGACCGUGCUUGCGAGGGAGAGGCAGCAUCUGGUGAGCGGGAUGGUGUUGGUGAGUGGAGGAGGACCCACCCCUCUCUCUGCCCAGCCUGGUAUCUUCUGUAUGCCCGCGUGCCUACUGUCAUGCAUGCGGCCAGCCCUGAUGUCGUUCUUUGAAAAGCGGGCGUUCAGAGAUGUUGCGCAACGAUCGAACAGAGACAAGGCAGUGACUCUCGACAUACCAAUGUACGUCAUGAAGCACGUGAUCAACGGACAGCGCUGGAAGGAAGGUGACCUUGAGUAUCACACGAAUGUCACCGUACCCACAUUGCUCCUAUUCGGCAUGGACGAUAGGUUUGUCGGACUACAGGACGAAUGCGACAUGCUAGAGGCUCUAGUGGGAUCUAGGCUGGAAAUUCUGGAAGGCGCCGGUCACAUGGUAAUGAUGGAGAAACCGGGAGAAGUUAAUAUUCUUAUCCACGAUUUCAUAUCCAGUGACCCUGUGAAGCAAGCGGAUCAGCCCCGAGGAAAUGCAAAAUUAUCAGAAUUGGAUGGAUCCAGUCAAAAUAGAAUCAGGGUUGUCCGUCAGGUGACUGAGAGUUGAGCUUUAGUUUUAGUUCACCUAUUGAUCGUGCAUUUAGGUUCCCCCCAUGCAUAGCGAGUGAUGUGAAUUACACCUAAAAAAAAUAAUUGUUUACUCUAAAAGAAUCGUUAACUAAAAGGAACUACAAACUGUUAAAUAUCUGUUAAUUAUAAGCUCUUCAUAUUUGCGCAAAAUGGCGGGCGCUGCGCUACCUUUGUGUUGUUAUGGCAGCGAUUGAUUAUAACUAUUUAUAAAUCACGUGUAAAGACUUCGUCAUUGCAAGCGUUUAAUUUACAACGUUCGUAGCGGAAAUAUUAUAGAUUUCGAAGUGAAUUUCAUACAGUGUGCUCAGCACUCAUGCAAUAAUGGCGUGUUCGAGUGAUAAAUACUAUAUUGCUCGUUGUGAUAAAUGAUCGCAAGGUUUUAUAUGUAAAUAUUUUAGUAUGUUUUUUUGUAUAAGAAACACGUGAGUGUAUUCGGCAAAAAAACCAUUUCACAGAUUAGUAAAGAACGUCAAAUAUUGUAGAUUAAUUGCGUCGGGCGUCAGUUUAUUCCACAAUUUGUUCGCAGGCAGAGGAAAAAUAAACGACAAUAUAAAAAAGUUUAUUGUCACAUUUGCGUUAAACCUUGUUUGGCCUUC